GGAGUGUCAGUUCACCAGUUGCCCAUUGACCGUUCUCCAGUGAAUUGACAUCAUCACUCAUUUUUCCCUCGGAGAGGAUGAUUUAAUCGUUGAAAAAUUUUUUCCCCACUUGUACAUCACCAAGGACACAUCAAGCAUAAUGUAAAUGACAAUUUUCAAGCUCUAAGCAUCAAGAAAUCUCCAAAACUUCGGAGAUUUCAACGCCCGAGACGUGAAUGAACUCGUAAUGAUCGUCUCCGUAUUCAUGACUUGUACGACACAAACAGUUUAUUGGUGACGUUGAAAUCAAAAUAAUUUACGGAAAUAAUGGUGCAGUGAGUGAUACAAUUUCGAAGAACUUGCAAUGAUCAACGUUCUAAAAAUCGAGACGUUCAGGUCUUUGGCAUUCAGCACAGAGCGAGCUUUCACUUGAUCCAGUCAACAGUGACUCAAAAGAACGGUGGAAAGAAGGCGAACAAAAUACACGUGAAAAAAUGAGCACGACCAAGUCACCUGCUAGAACAUUACUGAACCGUGUAAUAAAUAAUUGAAGCAGUUUUUUUUUACCUAAUUAAUUAGUGAAACAGUGGGGGAAACAGUUUUAAAAAACCGUUCCAAUUCGACAAAUGUAGUGCAAUGUUGGUAGGAUGGAUUGUCGUUGUGACGGUGGCUUGUCCUAUGCUAGGCAUCCAGGGCCAGUUCAGCGAGAAUACUCCCCCCAUAAUGUAUUUAGAUAGAAAUUGGGUUCUAGACGACACGGAACCUGUUGGUAAUAUUGUAGAGAGAGUGCGGGCUGAGGACAAUGAACAGGGGGAAUUAACUUAUGGCCUAGAACAGGUCAAUCACAAUUACAAUGGCGACAGUGGUCCCCAGGCUCCACUGCCCUUCUCCAUCAACAACGAGACGGGCACGAUUUUCAUCAAUGAGACAUUAAAGGGGCGGGGAGGACAGAAUUUAUUUCUCUACGUCACCGUUUCUGACGGACAAUUGACUGCCAAGACAGAGGUUUACGUUAAUAUCAAAGAUUCAUCAGCACCAAAUGUAGGACUACCAGGUCGAAUUCGUCCACCGAUAAUGGGCUUACCAAACAUCCAUGUGCCGCGUCCAAUCCCGUCUGAGAUGUCCACUGGCUUCAGAAGUGAUGAGAAAACAACAAAACUCCGUCCAGAGUCGAGCUACCCCGUAGAUGAUCACAAAGCAAUUUCGGCAACACUUCCACCACUGCGACCACCGAUUCACGAGCUAGAGACCAAUGAAAUUGGACGAGGAACAGCAGUAGUCGGUGCUAAAGUGUCGUCCAAAGAGAGCCCAGCUACCCAGGACUUCGCGAUGACUCUGGUUCCAGUGAUUGCUGGCUGUGCUUUAUUACUGAGUGUUGGUACCGGCAUAUGGACACUCAGAGGGAAGGUGUGUGGAUCACCAAAGACGAAGGAAGAUACUAAGGAGCAAACAGUCCGUGUUUCUACAAUCUCUGAUGAUCCAUCAUUAGUUCUGAAACACUGGCAGAGUCCGAAGUUUCGAAACAAUAAACUCAAGGAUUUUGAUAAAGAUCAUCACAUAUCGGAUAAAAAACAACUGGAUGAUUUAUGGGAAUUUCCGAGGCACCGACUAAAAGUCUUCAGUAUUCUUGGUGAAGGGUGUUUUGGCCAAGUGUGGAAAAGUGAAGCAAUAGAUAUCGAUGGGAAACCAGGGCCAACAAUCGUAGCUGUAAAAACCCUCAAAGAAAAUGCAACAGAUCGUGAACAUCUCGAUCUUACACAAGAGUUGAAAGUGAUGAAGAGUCUGGAGCCUCAUCCAAAUGUCGUGAGACUCAUUGGAUGUUGUACAGAGCGUGAACCAAUUUUUGUUAUCCUGGAGUACGUGAGUGGAGGUAAGCUGCAGAGUUUUCUAAGGGCAUCGAGAGAGGAGAGGAAUCACGGAGGUCCUGGGCUGACCUCCAGGGACCUGACUGGAUUUGUGUAUCAAGUUGCUAAAGGUAUGGAGUAUCUAGCGUCAAAAGGAAUAAUCCACCGAGACCUAGCGGCCCGAAAUGUCUUGAUCGAUGACAAUCGUGCUUGCAAAGUCGCAGACUUUGGUUUCGCCAGAGACGUAGCUGCUAAUCAGAUUUAUGAGAGGAAAUCAGAGGGUCGUUUACCCAUUAGGUGGAUGGCGCCCGAGAGUUUGUACGACAACAUAUUUUCUGUUAAAUCCGAUAUUUGGAGCUUUGGCGUAUUGAUAUGGGAAAUAGUCACAUUAGGAUCAACACCGUAUCCCGGAAUGGCCGCUGCAGAGGUGAUGAGAAAAAUCAAGGAAGGCUACAGAUUGGAUAGGCCGGAGCAUUGCAAGCGAGAGCUAUACAAUAUUAUGUAUUACUGUUGGGACAAGGAUCCAUCCUGUCGUCCCUCAUUCAGUGAACUCGUCGGAUUAGCCGAAGGACUGCUUCUCGAUGAAAUUGACUACAUCGAGUUGGACAGAUUUCCAGAUCACUCCUACUACAAUGUGCUGAAUCUCAGCGGCGAGAAAUUAUAGCAUUAGUCCCCUCCUCUGUUGUAAAUGUCACCGGUCCUCGCUUUACUUAACCAUUGAUGGGAGUUAUUUCAACUUACCAGAACCGGAUAUCACAUCCGUCCUUCGACUUCAUGUCAUUACUCAUGAAUUAGUGUAUAUUAUAUGAAUGUUUACCUGCCGAUAUUAUCCUGAGAGAGAGUGUGUGUUCCUGUUGUUCAAUAAUUUUUUUUAUUUAUUAAUCGAUAGGAAUGUUUACUGUAUUGUGUUUAAGAACCAGUGAUUAAAGUUUGUAUUUGAUUUUGAAA